GGCUAAGUCGUCCCGGGAGCCUCGCAAGUCAGCAGAGGAGGCUUUAGCUGCAGCGGGUGACAUGGACAACGCAGGGAAGGAACGAGAAGCAGUCCAGCUUAUGGCGGAGGCCGAGAAGCGAGUGAAGGCCUCCCACUCCUUCCUCCGAGGGUUGUUCGGAGGAAACACAAGAAUAGAAGAGGCAUGUGAAAUGUAUACCAGAGCUGCAAAUAUGUUCAAGAUGGCCAAGAACUGGAGUGCUGCAGGAAAUGCAUUUUGUCAAGCCGCCAAGCUCCACAUGCAACUUCAGAGCAAGCAUGACUCUGCCACCAGCUUUGUGGACGCUGGGAACGCUUACAAGAAAGCAGACCCUCAAGAGGCUAUCAACUGCUUAAAUGCAGCCAUCGACAUUUACACAGACAUGGGAAGGUUCACAAUCGCAGCCAAGCACCACAUCACCAUUGCGGAGAUCUAUGAGACGGAGCUUGUGGACAUUGAGAAGGCUGUUGCACAUUAUGAACAAUCUGCUGACUAUUACAAAGGAGAAGAAUCUAACAGCUCUGCUAACAAGUGUCUGCUGAAGGUGGCCGCCUACGCUGCACAGCUGGAGCAGUACCAGAAAGCCAUCGAGAUCUAUGAGCAGGUGGGAGCAAACACUAUGGAUAACCCCUUGCUGAAGUACAGUGCGAAGGAUUACUUCUUCAAGGCAGCACUCUGUCACUUCAUAGUGGAUGAGCUGAAUGCAAAGCUCGCUCUUGAGAAAUACGAGGAAAUGUUUCCAGCAUUUACUGACUCCAGAGAAUGUAAAUUAUUGAAAAAACUUCUAGAAGCUCAUGAAGAACAGAACAGUGAAGCUUACACUGAAGCAGUGAAGGAGUUUGACUCAAUAUCACGUUUGGAUCAGUGGCUGACCACCAUGUUGCUUCGUAUCAAGAAGUCCAUCCAAGGGGAUGGAGAAGGGGAUGGAGACCUCAAGUGAAGCGCUGGCGUCGUGUGGCAUGCCGCUCAUUCCUCUUUGUUUUGUCUUCGGCAGAGCUGCCUUUCUGAGAUGCCCAUCUAAUGACUUAAUUCUGUUGUAAAUAAGCCAGCCACACAGUUUAUGUAUUGUUUUAGCUCACCAUGUGUGUGUGAUGUGAGAAUCAGAGGCUUCUAUUCAGUUUGUGGUCAUGACAACCAAAGUAUAUCAUGCUUAUCUAAGUCCUCAUAGUUUUCUGAGAAGUACUGCCAAAUCUUUUUCCUGUUCUUUUGAUAUUUUCAGGGCCCAUGGUUAAUGUUGCCACAUGUUUUGUGUUUUCUUUUUUCUUGAACUCUGGUCCCCAACCCAGUUUUAUAGAUGCUUUGCAAAGACCCUGUGCUUUGGUAUCUGGAUGCAACCUUUAUACAAGUGGCUUAGUUUAGGGUGCUUAUUUGGAAUCAGUUUGUAAUUAAGUAGAAGCUGUUUGGCUUUCUUUUAUAGCUGUUUUGAAGGUGUUAAUGAUGUUUUCUUGUUUUGCUUCAUAUGCUCAUCUCCCGUAUGCUCACAUGUGCAUGACAAACACUAAGAACACUAGGGUCUGUUGACAUCACUUAUCAGUAGGGAAAGGCACUUGUUGGCAGGUCCUGAGGUACUGUUGGUUGAAUGGGUGGAUGUCAAGGUAGAUUUCCUUGGUUUUGUUUUUACUUACACACGCACACGCACACACACACACACACACACGAGAUACUUUCCAGUUUUAGUUGGAGUGGAAAUCCCUUCAUAUUUGCCUUAAACCACCUUUAGCUGCCAUCUCCUUUAUUUACACACUCAUCACACUCACAUUGUCUUCUGGGCCACAGUCAUGCCAAGCUUGAGCAGAGCUGGACAGAAGAGUCCAGCUGAAUCUGUGUGGUGAAGUGUCCAUUUGUCAGACACGGUGGUUAAAUGUUAUCAGCGUGGCGUAAGAGUUUCUGUUAUACCUGGUUAGAUAAGAACCUCGCCUGUAUUUGAGGUUCCAUGAUUUAUUUAACGGACAGAGGGAUUUCAUUUGUGUGUAUGAGCGCUGAUGUCCUAUUUGACUUACAUAAGAUGUAAGAUGUAUGCUGUUAGAUUUGGACGCUCCCUGCUCCUUUCUAUGCUGAUACAGUACUGUAGACAUGGCCUUGCUUCCUGAGUCUCCUUUGCUGAGAUAUUUUUAUGCUGGGAUGAUUUGUGCUUGAAAAGCCUGUGUUACUAGACGUAUCUCGUUGUCCUACUGUGCUGCUAUCGUGCGACAAUGAAACUCCUGAUUAACCAGGUAAAAAUGGCAUUGGGAUGGUGUUUUCAUUUCUGGAUGGCCCUAGACUUGGGUUUGAGGCUCUCACCAUGUAGUAGAGUGUAACUUUGCCCUGGCCCAGGGCUGAAUGAAGAGAGUUUGAGGACUGAUGACAAAACCGGUUCUUUCAAAAGUGAAAGAAAGUAGCAAAAGGGAGCUAAAGAGAUGGUUACUUUUCCAGAGGACCAAUGUUUGAUGUCCAGCACCCAUGUUGGGUAGCUUAAAACCAUCUGUAACUCCAGUUCUCCCAUGAGUUCCGGUCCUCUCUUUUCCCUUCCACAAGCAUGUGCAUACAGAUAAACACACACAGGUAAAUGAAAUCUAUACAUAUAUGCAAGCAAACACUCAUUUGUAAAAUAAUAAAUCUCUAUUAAAAAGAAAGAAAGGAGACGAAGCUGAAACUGGCCCCAUGAGAACAGGUGGUGUCCAUCAGACCCCUGUCAUGGUGGUAACAGGGUGUAAGCGCAGGAAGCUGAGAGGCUUCUGCAUGUCUGAAAAAGAGGGAAUGUGCCCUAGAAUCUGAUAAGAAUUCCUUUUUCCUUUAAUGCCUUUAGGGUUUUCUGAAUGAUAGCUGGCUGUACCAAAGGUAGAAUUUGCAAUAGAGCCUAGUUGAUACUUCUUGACUCCAUUAGAAUCUCUAAUAUAAAGACAAAAAGUGAGUUAUUGGGGCUGGAGAGAUGCCUCAUGUGCUCUCCCAGCAUUCAUGUGGGGCUCACAGCUGACUGUAACUCCAGUCCUAAGGAUCCACCAUCAUCUUUUUGCCUCCACAGGCACCAGGCAGGCAUAUGGUGCACACACAUACAUGCAGACAAAACAUGCGUAUACUUAAAAAUUUUAAAACUCUAGUGUAUAGAAGAGUGUUACUGCUUUAUUCACAGGCAGCCCCAGGCAGCCAUGGGAAUGAGGUUUGGGAAUGGCUCUAAGUCAGUUCCAGCAGAAGAGAAUAUGAACACGGGCCAGGCUCUGUCCUCUGCCUCCUGGUUCAGUCUUCUGAUGUAACCAUUUAUAGUGAGAUGACAUGGUGUCUUACAGGACCCUGUGGGUUACCUCUCAUCAUGGUUCCCUAACACACCUCCAUGAAGUGUCAGGUUGUUAAAGUAGUAUUUGUAUUACUUUGCUGUUUCUUUAAUUCACUUAUUUGCUUUUACUGGCAUUAAAUGCUGGGGCAGGAAUCAUGAACACUUGUAAUCCUGUAGUAUCCUGUAGUAUCUAGGAGGUUGAGGGAUGAGGAUUGUUGUGAUUUUGAGGCCAGCCUGGACUACCUAGUGAAUUCCAGGGCAGCAGCCUAAGUUACAAUGUAAGACUCCAUCUCAAAAAAAAAAAAAAAGACUGAAAGGCUGAGAUCAGUCCCUGGUGGGUUUCUUUUGUCCCAGCACUUGGGAGGCUAAGGCAGGAGGAACAUGAUUUCCAGAGUAAACUAAGCUACAUAAUAGCAAGACCAUCUUUAAAAAAAAAAAAAAAAAAACCAAGAACACACUUUUGUCAGAAGAUAAGAGAAUGAGGAAAAUGUCCAGACAGUGGUAUGCAAGCUUACUCCCUUCAAAUGUUCCCCAGACACGGGGCAGUACAUGCUCUCAAGGUACCAAGUCUUUAGGCUUUCAUGGUCUCUAGAUUAUGAACAAAACAAUGAUUUGUUAUAGUUCUCAAACUGGAGUGUAUCUGGAGAUAGUUUGUACUUAAGGCAGUUGAUACACCUUACAGAAAAGCUUUCCUUUUGUGGCAACAUUUUUAUAGCUUGUGUGAAUUCCUUUUUUUUUUUUUUUUGUAAUGACAUAAAACAGUAUUUUUGCACAGUUGUAACCAUGUGUGAUGGUGUCACUAUAACCAAAGUACAUGCACCAGCCCUUGUGCAUUUAUUGUUCCCUCUGGUAUUGUGCACUUAAAAACUUAAACCGUCCAAAUACAAACCUUUGUAACUGUGGAGAAUCUGGCAGCACAGCAUGCCCGUGACCUGCCUGCUGCAGUGUGAGCUGUGACCAGUAAGCAGGCCCUGUAAAGUCCUAAGCUGCUCUCAGGCAAGGGAGUACAUUAUAAAGACAAAUCGUGUAACAAUAAAUCUAUCUUAGCUAAAAGAACGUUUGUUUUAUGUGAACUUGUACAGUAAAUAAAGUGGAAGUUAUCAGUAA